AUGUCAAGAAGUUUUGCCUUGUUCGUUCUUCUCUGCGUCCUUCUCUCCAGCUUCUCCACUGCAAUUCCUCUCCGGAGUCUGUUUCUUCGUUCCUACGAUGAUAUCAAUCAGGAAAGCGUUUCCAGAGGUUAUUUCGCACCACAAGAGACCGUAAAUGAAAUUGAUAAUUCAGAUAGCAGAGCAAAACGUGGACUUGAUCUUCUGAAACGACGAGUUGAAAUCAUUGAGAGGAAUCGUUGUUUUUUCAAUCCAAUCACAUGUUAUUAG